AGUGCGCGUGCGCACCGGCAAAAUGGAAGCUUCGGCGGAGCCGCUGCGGACUGUCCGCCGCCUGUCCUGCGCGCUGCUCUUCCUCUCCCAGUGCUACAUUCUCUCGGGCGAUGGAUCCUUAGAUUUAGAGCAUUCGCAGCCGCUGGCUCAGUCAAUAAAGGAUCCGGGCCCAACACGUACAUUCACAGUAGUCCCCAGGGCAGCAGAGAAUAGGCUCUUCUCUCACCUCACAGAGAGCACUGAAAUCCCCCCUUACGUGACGAAGUGUCCAAGCAACGGUUUGUGUGGCCGACUUCCUGCAGACUGUAUAGAAUGUGUGACCAACGUCUCCUGUACCUACGGGAAGCCUGCCACUUUUGACUGCACGGUGAAGCCCUCUGUCACCUGUGUUGAUCAAGACCUCAAACCCCAGAGGAACUUCAUCAUCAACAUGACUUGCAGGUUUUGCUGGCAGCUUCCUGAAACAGACUAUGAGUGUACCAAUUCUACCACCUGCAUGACUGUGGCCUGCCCUCGGCAGCGCUAUUUAGCCAACUGCACGGUGCGAGACCACAUUCAUUGCUUGGGUAACCGGACCUUUCGCAAACUGUUGUACUGCAACUGGACUGGAGGCUACAAGUGGUCGACUGCUCUGGCUCUGAGCAUCACCCUUGGGGGAUUUGGAGCGGAUCGCUUCUACCUGGGCCAGUGGCGUGAAGGCCUCGGCAAGCUCUUCAGCUUCGGUGGCCUGGGAAUAUGGACGCUAAUCGAUGUCUUGUUGAUUGGAGUUGGCUAUGUGGGACCGGCGGAUGGCUCUUUGUACAUUUAACUGUGGUUAUGUGCGUCAGAGGGCAGCGUGUGGGUCCUUUGUGUGGAAGCGGAUGUGAUGUGUAUUUAUGUUUUUAAUGUACAGCAUCUGUACUCGGCUUGCCUUGAUGAAGGUGAAAUAAAUGGAACCCUGAACCACAGA